UGCGCAUAUGGACCUGCUUAACUCGGCAGUAUGCUCCAAAGAGUGGAUCCUGGGUCUCCAUAUGACCCAGCUCAUCCUGCUGAUCGUGGGCAAGUGGCUCCUCCCCAUAGGGGGCGGAGUCACCAGGGACGAGCUGUCUCAGCUUCUCCUCAUAUUCGUUGGAUCUGCGGCAGACAUCCUAGAAUUCACCAGUGAGACACCAUCACUUGGAUCCAACGACAGCUUUCAGCUGAUCUACUGUAAACUGGCGGUCUGGACCUGGAGCAUGUUGCAAUUCCCACUACAUCUAUCUGUGGUCAACAACAAGCCGGAAGACGAGGGUGACCGAAGCAUCUCGCUACUGACCAGACAGAGCAAAGACCUGUGGACUAUUGUUCAGGCCCUGUUCAUCCACGACGGGCCUUUCCUAGCGGUCAGGCUCAUUGUCCUCAUACAUUUCAAAGUCAUCAACCAGAUGCUGGUCUUCUUUGCCAUUAAGAACCUGUUGGUGCUCGCCCUGAACGUGUACAGGCUGGUGGUCAUCUGCCAGGACUCCAGGUCAGAUAAUGGGAUAUGAAGACCCACAUACAUCAUCACACACACACGCACAAACAAACACAAUCACAAUCACACACAUUCUAACUCACUCACCCAAACACAACACACACACACACACACACUCACUAUCUCGCUCACUAACACAUAGACACACAAAUACACACCAGGGAUGGAAAUUAACUUUUUUGCCCACCAGCCACUGUGGCAGGUAGAUUUAAAAAUCUACCAGCCACUCAUCUUUUUUACCAGCCACUUUUUAUACGCUAUAUAUAUUUUUUAUAUAUGCGUACAUUUUAA